AUGUACACAUUUAAUUAUGGUCCUGGGACCGGUGACGCCAACAUCUGUAGGAUCGAUUCAAAUGGAAAUGUUGUAGCUGGACAAGCAGGUUGCUACAAUUUGCCAUCAAACUGUUCAGAUAGCAUUGCAGCAGGCCAGAGCGCGGAUUCAUCUGCAUCCUAUAAGUUUAAAGGUUCUGGGAUUUAUAUCACGGGUGUUCUUAACUCUCUUUCGCCCGUUUACACCGUCGAUCUGGACGGGACCUCCAAAGAUGUCGAUGGUGUUGUAGACUCACUUCCAUUCACCUGUGCACCUCUUUUCUCUGCCACGAAUCUCGACCCAAAUGUCGAACACACUAUACGCCUUAGCAUCAAAGGUCCCUCUCCGAAUCGCAAUAUGACCGUGGAUCCAGAUGGCAAGUUCCUUACCUUCGCUAUGGCUAAUUUUAUGUAUGCCGUGCUAUACUUUCCCGUUACGAAGGAACUGAUGAUGUGGUGA